AAGCCAAGUUCGAGAAAUCUUUUUAGGUCAAGAAGACCGCCUCAAAUUCCACUCAUUCAACAAAACAACAAAAUGACUCCCAUCAUCACCCUGGAAGAGCACUACCUCUCCUCUGCCGUUCGCAACGCAUCUAAAACAGACCACUACGCAAUCUUCCCACCUCACAUAGUCUCAAAACUAAACUCCCUCAGCACCGAGCGCAUCCAAGACCUCGACAAGGGCCAUGUCUCCUUACAAGUAAUCUCCCAUGGACCGGGCGACCAACCUCCCGAGAUCUGCAAAGCAUCAAACGACGAACUCGCGUCAGCCAUUUUUAGAAAUCCAACUCGUUUCGCUGGAUUUGCGCUUCUGCCUAUGGCUGAACCAACAAUCGCCGCUGAGGAGUUGGAGAGAUGUGCUCUGAUCGAUAAUCACACCAAGGGAUGGUUCUAUGACGAUCAGAAAUUCUGGCCUGUCUUUGAGAAAGCGCAGGAAUUGGAUGUACCCAUCUACAUCCACCCUUCGUAUCCCGAGGAGGGACUUGCGGCAACUCAGUAUAAGGGUAAUUACGACGACAAUAUCGCCAUUGCUCUAGGCGCGUAUGGUUGGGCAUGGCAUGCAGAUACUGCCCUUUCAAUACUAAGAUUAUACGCCUCAGGCUUCUUCGAUAUCUACCCCAAAAUCAAACUCAUUCUAGGACACAUGGGUGAAAUGCUCCCCUUCCAACUCGACCGCGUGGCCGCAGUUUCAUCCUGUUUCGGAAAAAACCGUCCCUUCAAAGAAGUAUGGACAUCAAAUAUCUGGGUGACUACCAGUGGAAUGUUUGCUUUGCCGCCGUUGGCGUGUCUUUUGCAGACGAUGCCGAUUGAGCGUGUGUUGUAUAGUGUUGAUUAUCCGUUCUCGGCAAAUGAGAAAGGGUAUGAGUUUUUGGAAGAGAUUGGGAAGAGCGGAUUGAUUAAGGAAGGGGAGGAGUGGGAGAGAUUUUUGUAUAAGAACGCGCAGGAGUUGUUGAAGGUUAAAGUGUGAUUGAAUUGUACCUGAUGUGUUCUUGAUGAAAUCUAUGUCUCCAUGGCGAGGCCCAAACAGUCCAUGCUAUUGGAACAAAUUUUAUACCAUUCCACCAAAAAGGAGAUCCCCUCAAUGGGGCUAUAUGGUAAGUGGUUUUUGAGUGUUCAAAGGCUCAUGUUAUGGCUCAUAUUAUUUCCAACACAUGUACCUUUCCAAUCCAAUCAAAUCCAUACCGAUGCCUGCAACCCUCAGCCAUAUCGAGACCACGAUUCAAACCAAAUAUGCUGUCUAACAGAUCAUCAGAAAUCAUAAAUGUUGACAUCU